GGAGAGCAAAGCUAUUGAGCCAGCGAGGAGUGAAGCUGAGCCUGGCUUCACACGCUCCUAGAGGACCACCUCCUGAGACAGAGUUCUUUCCCCCUUCUUCUUUCUCCAAGCCUCCCCUGCUGCUCGCCCUCCCUGCCCAAUACAAUGCAUUCUUGAGUGGCAGCGUCUGGACUCCAGGCAGCCCCAGAGAACCGGAGCAAGCCAAAGAGAGAGGACUGGAGCCAAGACACUGGUGGGGGAGCUUGGAUGCCUGGCUUUCUUUGAGGACAUCUUUGGAGCAAGAGUGGCUUUGGGGUGGGGGGUUGUGCUGCAGGGAAUCCAGCCAGGCCUCAAGAUGGACACUUCUGGGCACUUCCAUGACUCGGGGGUGGGGGACCUGGAUGAAGACCCCAAGUGCCCCUGUCCAUCCUCCGGGGAUGAGCAGCAACAGCAGCAGCAGCAGCAACAGCAACCACCACCACCGCCAGCGCCACCAGCAGCCCCCCAGCAGCCCCCGGGACCCUCACUGCAGACUCAGCCUCCGCAGCUUCAGCAGCAGCAGCAGCAGCAGCCACCGCAUCCCCUGUCUCAUCUAGCCCAACUCCAGAGUCAGCCCGUCCACCCCGGCCUGCUCCACUCCUCUCCCACCGCUUUCAGGGGCCCCCCUUCGUCCAACUCCACCGCCAUCCUCCACCCUUCCUCCAGGCAAGGCAGCCAGCUCAAUCUCAAUGACCACUUGCUUGGCCACUCUCCAAGUUCCACAGCCACAAGUGCGCCUGGCGGAGGCAGCCGGCACCGGCAGGCCAGCCCCCUGGUGCAUCGGCGGGACAGCAACCCCUUCACGGAGAUCGCCAUGAGCUCCUGCAAGUACAGCGGUGGGGUCAUGAAGCCCCUCAGCCGCCUCAGCGCCUCCAGGAGGAACCUCAUCGAGGCCGAGCCGGAGGGCCAACCCCUCCAGCUCUUCAGCCCCAGCAACCCCCCGGAGAUCAUCAUCUCCUCCCGGGAGGACAACCAUGCCCACCAGACCCUGCUCCAUCACCCCAACGCCACCCAAAACCACCAGCAUGCUGGCACCACUGCCAGCAGCACCACCUUCCCCAAAGCCAACAAGCGGAAAAACCAAAACAUUGGCUAUAAGCUGGGACACAGGAGGGCCCUGUUUGAAAAGAGAAAGCGACUGAGUGACUAUGCUCUGAUUUUUGGGAUGUUUGGAAUUGUUGUAAUGGUGAUAGAGACCGAGCUGUCUUGGGGUUUGUACUCAAAGGAUUCCAUGUUCUCAUUGGCCCUGAAAUGCCUUAUCAGCCUGUCUACCAUCAUCCUUUUGGGUUUGAUCAUCGCCUAUCACACACGUGAAGUCCAGCUCUUCGUGAUCGACAAUGGCGCGGAUGACUGGCGGAUAGCCAUGACCUACGAGCGCAUCCUCUACAUCAGCCUGGAGAUGCUGGUGUGCGCCAUUCACCCCAUUCCCGGCGAGUACAAGUUCUUCUGGACGGCGCGCCUGGCCUUCUCCUACACACCCUCGCGGGCGGAGGCCGACGUGGACAUCAUCCUGUCCAUCCCCAUGUUCCUGCGCCUCUACCUGAUUGCCCGGGUCAUGCUGCUGCACAGCAAGCUCUUCACCGAUGCCUCCUCCCGCAGCAUCGGGGCCCUCAACAAGAUCAACUUCAACACCCGCUUCGUCAUGAAGACGCUCAUGACCAUCUGCCCCGGCACCGUGCUGCUCGUGUUCAGCAUCUCGCUGUGGAUCAUCGCUGCCUGGACCGUCCGCGUCUGCGAAAGUCCUGAGUCACCAGCCCGGCUUUCUCGCUCAUCACUUCCUGCUUGGUACCAUGACCAGCAGGAUGUAACUAGUAACUUUCUGGGUGCCAUGUGGCUCAUCUCCAUCACAUUCCUUUCCAUUGGUUAUGGGGAUAUGGUGCCCCACACAUACUGUGGGAAAGGUGUCUGUCUUCUCACUGGCAUCAUGGGUGCGGGCUGCACUGCCCUGGUGGUGGCCGUGGUGGCCCGAAAGCUGGAACUCACCAAAGCAGAGAAGCACGUUCACAACUUCAUGAUGGACACUCAGCUCACCAAACGGAUCAAGAAUGCUGCAGCCAAUGUUCUUCGGGAAACGUGGCUCAUCUACAAACACACAAAGCUGCUAAAGAAGAUUGACCAUGCCAAAGUCAGGAAACACCAGAGGAAGUUCCUCCAAGCUAUCCACCAACUGAGGAGUGUCAAGAUGGAGCAGAGGAAGCUGAGUGACCAAGCCAACACCCUGGUGGACCUUUCCAAGAUGCAAAAUGUCAUGUAUGACUUAAUCACGGAACUCAACGAUCGGAGUGAAGACCUGGAGAAGCAGAUUAGUAGCCUGGAGUCUAAGCUGGAGCAUCUCACUGCCACCUUCAAUUCCCUGCCCCUGCUCAUUGCGGACACCCUGCGCCAGCAGCAGCAGCAGCUCCUGUCUGCCAUCAUCGAAGCCCGGGGCGUUAGCGUGGCAGUGGGCACCACCCACACCCCACACUCCGACAGCCCAAUUGGGGUCAGCUCCACCUCCUUCCCAACCCCAUACACAAGUUCAAGCAGUUGCUAAAUAAAACUCCCCACUCCCGAAGUGUUACCCAUAGGUCUUAAGAUGCAAAUCAACUCUCUCCUGGUCGCUUUGCCAUCAAGGAACAUUCAGACCAGGGAACAGAAUGAAGAGAGACCAAGCUAAUUAACUAACUCAUGUUCAUUCAGCGUGCUUGGUUCGAUAUGCCUUGAAACCAGAAAUCUAAUCUCUGUUUAGGUGCCUCUACUUGGGAGCAGGAAGAGGAGAUGACAGGAAGCGACGCCUGUGGCAGGGCCUUUGCUGCAGAGUUGGUGGAGAACAGAAACCCACGCUCAAUCUCAGGUCUUCACGUGGGGGGUGGGGGGCCAGAUGCACUGAAGUAGCCAACAGCGAAGCCAGCCCAGAAUAGGGGCCCACUGGGGAGGGGGUUGUGUUAGGCAUGGGGAAUGGGUUCCUCACUGCUGGGGUCCUCGAGUGUACCUCUCUCCUUUCCUUUUGUCCAAGGAAGCCCCUGGGUGACAAAAGCAAAAGAGAGCUGCCACAACUUGCCAAAACAGACAUACCCAAUUUAGACUGAAAAAGAAAAAGAAGCAUAGACCAAUAAAAAGCCAGAUUUUCCAUCCAAUAUUAGUACCCAUAUAAACCUGUGUUUGCAAGCGUGUGCACAAACACACACAUACACACCCCACAUCCAAUCCAGCUCCUUUCUUGUUUGAGCUUAACCCAAAUAAAAAGGGACCUGGUACCUUACCCUGCACACAGUAGGCACUCUCUAAAUGUGUGUCCAGCUGGUCCAAUCUGAAUGUGGGGUGAUUUCAGGUAGUUAGCUAGUGUUAGCCACCUUCUGAGCUUCACCGAAGAUGCAGGUCCCUUCAAACACAAUGCAGGUUGCUUUGCCCUGGACAUGCACCAUGCUUGAUCUGAGAUGGAUGCCAAGACAAAAUUGCUGGCAUUUGGGAGGGAUAAUCAGGCUUCUAAAAAUAACAGCUUCUGCAGAGUUUUCUUCUCACAUCCAAACAAGCUGUGGUUCGAUGGACCACAUGACCAGGUGUAUGUGAGUGAGGGAGGGGGGACCGAGGAUGGUGCGUGUAUGUGCACAACCCAAUGACACCUUAGUGAACAGGAGCAUUGUUUGGGGAUUUGCUGAGCUGUAUUUAUCCAGCAACAGGUUUCCAGCCCCAGACAUUACAAGUGCGAAAGGGUCAAGUGCCUCACCCGUGAGCUGCUGAGCUGGGAGAAGUGAUGGAGAGUGGCCCAAGUGGUCCCUUCUACUGACCUGAAGUCACCUCAAAAUGAAAUAUUGUGAGAAUAAAGGGAGCCUUUAGGGAAACUUGUGGGUAAGGUAAGAGGACAUAGAUUCGUCAAUAGCCUGUUUCUACUGUGCCAUGUUAAUCUUGGUGCAAAAAUUAUUCCAAUACAUCUCAAACUCCAAGAGACUAUUGAAACAUCAAGAUUCAGGGCAGUGACAGGCACUGAAAAUUUUUUUCAUUACACCAUAAUCUAACCACCCAUAACAUUUGCAAUGUGGAAACCAUCAUGUUAUUCAUCACUUUUCUCAUUCUGAGGUCCUUGACUUCUGCUUGUGGGAAAUUAAGUGAAACUGUAUGGAAUAUUUCAUCUGUUUAGGGUAAAACAAAAAGGUGUUAUUUACAUAUGGUUGUCAUCUUGGGUUUGGCUUUGUAACAAGACAUCAUCACCAUUCUGAAGGCAAUGCCUUGCUGCAGAGAUUUUUCUUCUGCAGCACUGGGCCUGGUCUUCCAAGGACAAGGGACUCAUUGGACAGCAAAAGACCCUAGAAUGAAGGCCACUCUUUCAAGAUCUGGUCCCUUGCUAAGCCUCUUCUUUUGUCUCAUUAUUGCUGCUGUUCCUUUAAUGUUCUAUCUUCUUCAUGGUUUAUCUUGAUAACUCCUUUGAGCAUUUUCAUUAGUUGUUCUGCAUACAAGAGAAGCUACAUCUGCUGUUGGCUUUUUACUUUUUUACUUGUUCUUUUAACUAUUGAUUCUCUGAAAAAUUCCUCCCUCUUUAUUUUAAUGUCCCAAGAAUGGUGCUCCUAUUUUCAGUGACAGUUCAGCCGAACAUAUCAGCAGAUAUAUAAACAGAUGAAAUAAACAUGCAGUUUCUUAGUGGCAUUAGUUCCAUUUCACAAAGCUGAGAGGUCAACCUGAGUGUGCCAAUCCUGAUCAUUUAGACUACAGCCCUCAACUAUGAUUUCUAUUUGCCCUUUCAUUCUGUUAUAACCCUGGGUGUGUGUGUGUGUGUGUGUGUGUGUGUGUGUGUGUGUGUGUGUGGUGUGGGGAUUUAGUCCUAAUUUCACAUAAAUGACAUGCAAGAUUUCACUGCCACUCCUGCUGCCCAAACAGUAUGCACAGACUGUCAUUUAUCCAUUGUGGUCUGUGGAUAAUUCUUCUUUAACGUAUCAUUGAGGCUCUCACUUAGGUAAACCCUGAAGACCAAGCUAGCAACACUAGUCAAGGGAGUGGUUGGAGUUAUUUCCGGUAGCAGUAGCCAAUGGCAUCCUAAAAACACAUGGGCAUUUGCAGCAUGAUUUGACCUAUUGGUAGUGCAAUAGCUAUGUGUGGUUUUUAUCCUUGGCAAAAGAGUACUUACUCUUCAAAAAGAUAAGUGAUCAAAUCUGCCUGUUGAUCCUGCAGUGGUAAAUGGGAGGCUACUUCUGUGUACUAGUAUUUCAGUUUCAUGUGGGGAAGUUUCCCAUUAUCCUGCAAGUACAAUCAGCCCUUAAUGACUUAGGUACUGAAUAUUUUGGGUGUAGAUCACCCAGGUUUUCUUCUUAAAUCUUUUGGCUAAUUCCACUACAUCUCAGCAUCAACAGUCAGAUGGGAAAAGGGGGCAGAUGGAUUCUCAUGCCAUGCCUUCCUGUACCUUACUUGUAAGUUUGGUAAUGGAGGGAGUUUAAUUAUCUAUUCAAAAGUUGGCUAUAUGUAAAAAAUAUUAAUUACAGUAACCUCACUCCAAUACUGAACUGAUCACGUUCUGCCCACUCCUGGAAAGCUGACCCAGUGGCAGAACCCCUACUAUAAUCUUUCUAACAACUCAGUGACAGGUAAAAGCACUCUAAUAUUCCCCCAAGUAUGUAGACACUUGAAUUAGAAAAACAGAGCCACCCCCUCAUCGCUUAAGCCAUAUUAUAGUUUCAUGUACUGUAAAGUCAGGGAUGUACUGUGAUACUUUAAGACCACUAAUCUCAGUGGAAUUUCAGGACAUAGCAUCAGUUAGUAAAUUAUACCAGACUGGGGGCUCAUUCCUCCUUAGAUUGAAGUCCAAAUAAAAAUCUGCAUCUUUGGAUCAAAGGCCACAUAUGUGUGAUCAUCAUUAAUAAAUUGUCAUAAAGUGUCUAUUAUAAACUGCUCUUGCCAUCUUCAUAAUAUGUAACUUCAUGACAUCAUAUCUCUAGAAAUGCUUAAUACAAUCCAAAAGAACAAGACGAGUAAGACCCUGAGUCACCACUGACUGUCUGACCUGAACAGGACCAGUGGUAUAACAACACAUCUCAUAAAUUAGGAGAUGUAGAAGAUGUAUACGAAAGUAAAUUUUAAAGUUCUGAGCAAGUGCCAGCUAUUGUUAUUAUUAAAGGUCAAGAAGGAACAGCAUUGAGGAAAUAAUUAUUUUAAUAUAUUUGGGGGAUUUCCCCCUUUAAUUUUCACUAAUUUCCUUGUGAAUAAACAAAAUAUAGGAAAAGAAGAAAACUAACGACACAAAAUUAGAGCAAAUAAAAAUCCAAGACUGGAUCCACAUCUUUGGCCAAUUAAUAUAACCACCUUAUACCUCAGUUUCUCUGUCCUUAAAAUGAAGAUAAUAGAUGUUGAGCAUUCCAAACUCCCAAAAAUCCAAAGUCCAAAAUACUGCUGGUCCUAAGCAUUUUGGAUAAGGGAUACUCAACCUAGUUAAUAUCCGUAAGUAAAAAAUAUUCAAUAGAGAAAAAAAUGAACUCACCAUUGUCAUCAACAGCAUCCUAGACUGACUCUAUCUAGUCCCCACUUUGAUGUUACACUUGAAUGCAAUCCACAGUUACCAAAAGUAAUUAUAACAUAUCAAAUAGUAAAAUCAGUGGGGAGAAAUAUGGGAUUGGUGCAUAGUUCCAGAAUCUCCCUCUUCCUCCAGAGUGUAACUUGACAAACAGUGCUCCCCAAAUUAAGAAUCAAUGUUGCAUCCCAGAACAGAGGUGUUACUGCCAUCAUGGUACCACAGCUGAGACACUCUGAAGCCAUUGCACUACCAGUAGGCUACUACUCCUUUGAAAUUACUGCUUUUAAAUCCUAAAAUAUGGCCCCAGUUUUAUACAGUCAUGCUACUUCCCUGAAAGUUGCUAGAAGCAGAUUAAGGAUCCAUUAGUUGUCAUUUUGCUGUCCCUGUUGACUGCGGCGUUCGGUUUCAGUACCUUAGACAGCUAUCUGGCAGCUUCCUGGUAGGCGUGGAACAGCCCCUUCUCUCCCCUGCAGUUGAUCGGCUUGGUGACGUCCUGUACAGUAUCCCUUCCUUCUCUACUGCUGCCAAAGUAAACAUUAAGGGAAUAGGAUCAUUGAUAGCUCUAAGAAAGGAGCAUUAUAGGGAUAGCAAUAUUGAUUGUCUGCCCAUGGUAGUAGAAAGCUUGUAUCAGGCUGCAUGAAUAGAAAUUGACAUUAAACUUCCAUCAGACAAGUAACAUGUAGAUUUUUAUUGAAAUAGAUUGCAGCUUAUUAAAAAGUACUCAGUGCAAUGGUAUAUAAAUAUAUACGGAUAGAUUAAAAAAUAACUGUGAUCUUUUUGUCUUACACCAUUACUGGAAACACCCAAACAUGAACUGGAGUUCCCUCUGAACAAAACCAUUGUCAAAAUUUUCAACAUAUGACCUCCAGAUCUAGGUGCCAAGUGCCCUGCGACAGUUGUUUACACACCUGCAAAACAUAUUCUGGAAGCUGUAAUCUUGGGCCUGGACUAUGUGUUGAAACAAACAAAAGAGAUGUCGUGACCAACCAAGCUGGUGGAGGAAAAGCACAAAAUUCAACACCAACUUGUAGUUAGGAUCCCAAAGAGAUGCUGACCUUUACAGCCAAAAAAAAAAAAAACCCAGUGAAAUCAGAUAUGAAUCUGAUUGGAACAGCCAACAUCAGCUUUACAGAAGAAGGACAGGGAAUAAACAACCUUCUCUAGCUGUAUCAUAUUGUCUCAGUUUUUGAAUCUCAACCGGGACUGAUUCACCUUCUUCAGACACAUUUUUUAAUGGCGCAACAACUCAAUGUUGGUCCCAGACUCUCCAUUCUGCACCGGCCACAAGAGAACAACAAAAGAGAACGACAGGAUUUUAAUGGAGGAACCAUCUUCAUGGCAAACUCAGAAACUGAAGGGUUUAUGUUCAGAAUCAGAUGAGCUUCAAUAUGAAUUUGCAUCUUGCCUCUGUACUGCUUGCUAUUUUUUAAUGAUAGGAGAAAGCAUAACAGUUUAUUUUAAAUAUGAAAUAUAUUGCUAUAUUAUAAAAUAUAUUGUAACUUUCAAUUAACAUUUUGUAUCAAACUAGUCUUUAGCAGGUGAGCGUCAGCCUGCUCUCCCAACGACUGUUUCUGAGUACACAUCACUGUGAGUGAUUGCCUGACCCCAGACCAAGGGUCCUCAUACCACAGCCUACUGAACUGCCAUGUUCUAAUUCUCUAAGACCUCAGUAUUAGAGACAAAAGAACAUUAUUUCAAACUUAGAAUAAUUCUACCCUAAAUUCUAUUAAGCCAUUUCAGAAGAGAUUUUAAAAGCCAUCACUCCUUUAGUAGCUGUGCAAAGCCAGUUUAAUAAAAGUGCAGGCUCUUUCUAUAUGAAUGCAAUGCAAAGGCCCCAUUACAUAAAUUAUAUAAGUUUCAAACUCAGCUAACCAGUUUUCCUUUGGCAAUAUCAGAAUUGGGCAUAAAGAAGAGUCCUGUUCUCCUGUGACUCAAAAUAUUCAAAAUUCUAGACAUUAUGAGUUUCUCUAUGUAAGAGUAAAACCUGGAUUGGCGUUCCAGCCACACAGGGCCCAGUGAGAGCCCAGAUGUGCUUUUCCAUGUUGGGAAUACCCUGGAGGGAGCGUGAUUUCCAAGUGUUUAUCAACAACAUGGAGCCCAGCUCCUCGGGGAAUGCUGGGAGGAGACACAGGACAUGCACAGUAAGAUCCGGUAAGGAGCUGGGCUUCCUUUCCUGCUAGUUUACUCUAGCUGGGAGGAAAUAAGGAGUCUCAAUUAAGCUGUUUUUCUUUAUGGCAAAAAUUAAGCAACCCAUGAAAUCCAUUUCCCACCUUCUCUAUAUAGCAGCUGAGAUACACAUGUAGAGCUUCUCAGUCCCCCCUUUGAAUGUCCAAGGUACUAUUUUAGAUGAAAACAGGAUGUGUUUGGUUCCAGAACAAAGGUUUUCUAGAAUCAUCCUCCUCCCGAUGAGGACCCUGACUUGCUAUUAUCACUUUGGUAUAAUAUUGUACAGGUGCAAAUAAGUAGCACCAGGGUAGAUUUAACUGAGCCUACAUAUCUCUUCUCUUCACAAACUCUGAAAAUUCACACAGAUACACAGAUAGUGCAAAACAACAGGUUUUCUCCUGGGAAAAAGGCUAGAAUCCUCUCAAAUUACAAUUUAUUUGAGCUUAAAUGUAGACAAGGCUUGGGCCUCAAUGACGUUAGUUAUUCAUGCCAUCUGAAAGAGAAAUAAUCUAAAUGCCCAGCUUCAGCCUGCUUGUGUAGCUGAGCACUAACUUGUACACAAGUUUUAUUUUUAUGGACCUAAAUCCUGUGUCUGUAUUACUCCUCAGUUACAUGUUAGGCUGAGCUCCAUUAAAGCUGUCAGAACUCCAGGCAUCUGUUUUUAGCAGGUUAUUUACCCCACUGGAUAAUGGAAAUUAGCUUAUUCUCGAUUUUAUAAUUGACUGAUAAAAUGCACUGGUGGUAAUUGAUUUGUUUCUUAAUAUUUUCCUGCUACUAAAUAGAACUGUCUCUUUCGGAUUUUCCUUCUAGCACUUCUCAGACAAAGACUUUUACAUUCAUAGAGAGCAAAUAUGUUUUGGCCUUUCCCCUCAAAGCUGUUAUUCAAUCUAGAAUCAAGAAAACCAACACAAUUUCCUGAUUUGGGGAAAGCAGACCUCUUAACAGUAAUUCAAGUAUAUGACUACAUACUAACCCUUGCUACUCAAAGUGGGGACCAGGGACCAGCAGCAUUAGCAUCACCUGUAAACUUGUUAGAAAUGCAGAAUCUCAGGCUCCACACCAAACCUACUUAAUCAGAAUCAGCAUUUUAACAAGAUCUUCUGGUGAUGUUAUGCACAGUAAAUAUCGAGAAGUGCUACUCUUACCAAACUGCAAUGGUAACCAACCUCGUUAAUAAUUGGAGAAUUAAACCAUUUCUCCCUUGAGCAUCAUUUACAGAAUUAUACGAUGAUGUAAAGGUCCUGUAUGAUCAUAAGGAUAAAGGCAAAUGCAGAACGUAGUGUUUGACACCAAGGUCAAGGGGGUUCAGACCCCCGUACUGGCCAGCUACCACACACACAAAAAAGGACAAAUGCAUCUUAAAAUUCCACUUGAGGUCAUAUAGCUUAGAUGGUGUACAUAAAACAUAAAAAAGUCUAUAAGAGGAAGUCUUUCCAGUCUUAAUUUUAAAAGCACUCCUUUCAUAGCCUUGAGCCGCCUCAAAGCCCCUUUUUAGAUUUUUCAUUUUAGUCUUUGCUAUCAGGGCCAUCAAAAUAUCAGGUGGAGUGUCAGGGCAGGUCCCUGGGAAGGCUACAUGAGUCUCUGCUCAGCAUAGUGCAGAAAUAGCUGCAUUUCUUAAUCCCUGUAUUCCUCCCUUGAGGAACUCAGCAUCCCACCAGUGAGAACUCUCCUCCCCAGAGGAAACCAGCAAGAGAAGUUUAGUUUAACCAUUUAGAAACAUUUCUAAUCUCUUUUUAAGCUCAUUCUUUUAUUCAUUGCACCCACCAAGACACUCCAAGGUAGGCAAGAAAAGAUGUGAAUUCUGGUAUUGGCGCCAUAAAUUGAUAUGUACCCAGAAACAGUUAUGUUCUAAAUUAAUGGCUUUAACCUGUUCAUUGUAAAAAGUGCCUUGGACUUCAAUCUAAAGAGGUCAGUAUAAAUAUAUGUGUGUGUGUGAUGUGUAUGUAGGCCAAUAUUUACAUAUUUAUACAUACAUAGGUGCAUACACAUAUAAUUGCACACUCAUAUAUAAUAUAUACAUACAUAUAUAAAUGCUUCAUAAUAUAUCAUAUUGCUAUUAACAGCUCCAUUUCUUUGUCUGGUCCUAUGUUUAUUUGUUUAGUGAGACCUUUACACAGAGAGGUUUUAUUCAGGACAUCGAUGUAUUUUUUUGUUUGUUUUUUACUUUUUAUUAAAAAGGUAAAGUAUAAUUAAAAAAAAAAAAAAAGUCAAGUGCCUGAAGGUCUUGAAUGGAGUUAUGGUAAACUUUCUCAGGUCACCAAAGAGGAAACUAAUUUUUCCUUUGGGAAACAUUUUUUGUUUCAGUGAGUUUGUUUUCCUCUGGCGGAAGUGCAUAAAUAAGGUGGUUAAAGUGAUUUUGUACCUUUCAUUGUAAUCCAUUUCUGGGUCUACAUAAGGCAACAAGCAAAAAUUUUAUUCAGUCUAGUGCCCAAUUUCUUUCACACAUCAGCACGAGGAGGGCCUGGUCUUCACAUGCUAUGCAUGAUUUUGUUAGCAUUGUUACCAUGUUCCUUACUAAGAGAAGGCAGACUAAAUUGCAGGAGAUGGGGUUUAGAUUCGCUCCAACUAUGGCUUCCUUUCAGUAACACACACAGAAGGAGGACUUACUGGGAAGUCUCUUUCCCUGAACCAGGUGGGAACCUGUCUUAGGCAGCUGGAAGAGGGUCCCUAGGGAUCUCUCCAGUGCUCCAUGGGCCCUGCCUUUCUACAAUAAUACAGUCGUUUGUAUGAAUCAGCCUCUCUCUACCUUAGUCAAAGAUCUUCUCUUUCUAUGGUGUGACAACUUAUAAUGGAUCAAUUCUCUUUGGUUAGUAGUGUCCAAAGCUCCAGAGGGAGUCAUCAGUUUUCCAUUUCCCUGCUCACGAGCGCAAGGACACAUUACACCUUCAAACCAAUUAAGUCUCUUUAGCUCCCUGCCCCUGUAGUGACACCCUCACAAUAGCCAGGGCCAAGUCAGGGAGGUAAUGCCUUGUAUACAUUGUCAAGAGACACUGCAAAAUGUCAGAGGGAACCUGAAAGACAGCAAGUCUCUCCAGCUGUCCUCUCAGCUGCAGGCACAUCUGUGGAGUUGUGACUAGAAAGGCUUAGAAGCCAGGAGGUGGGAAAUGAAGUUCCCCAAGUUGAUACCCUGUGCCCUCACUUUCCUCUUCAUGAGUUUUUCUGUAGCUGUAGACAAAAAACAUAAUAAAAAUGCAAUUUAGGUGCUUUCAGAGAGAGUAUCUAAUACUUGGGACUUUUUCUAAGUUGGUAGACCUAAAAAAUAUUUUCAAAAAAUAUGUCUAGCUGCAUUUCUACU